ACUGUCAUGUACAAAUCUGAAUGUAAGUAUCAAUCAACGGUGAAUAUCUAGAACUGUGACCCCGAUUUGAAUGUCAAUGACAGCGACUGACUUCAUUGACUGAGAUUGUCUAGUGCAAUUUCUCUUGCUACAGCUUAUGCAAUAUACGUUCCUCAUUACAUUCUCAGUGGUUCUGGAGUAUUUAAAACAGGUUUUUACAGGGGCAUAGAACAUUUCAUCGCCGUCGGGAUUAAAAAACUUCGACAGCGUUCGUUUUCUGAAUAGCAGGGUUACUGGUCACACUAGUGGACAUUAUUAGCCAUGGAGAUUUUAGGCUUGAUCAAUAUUAACAACUGGAUAUUGUCAAUCACUCUGCUGUGUCUUUCUGUUUACCUGUAUACCCGAUGGAAGCACAGUUUAUUCAGGAAGUAUGGGAUCCCCGGUCCUACCCCCACCCCAUUCCUGGGUGUGGCUCUACAGUACAAUAGAAAGGGCUUAGCCGUGACAGACCAGGAGAUGGUGAAGAAAUAUGGCAAUGUUGUUGGAGUAUACAUGGGUCUCACCCCUUUGCUUUUGGUGUCGAAUCCAGACACCAUAAAAGAAAUAAUGAUAAAGGACUUUUCCCGUACUCCCAACAGACCAAAGACAUUCGUUACAAGAAAUGAGAUGAAACAUAGUCUCAUAAAUACAGAUGAUGACCACUGGCGAUUUCUCAGGAACACUUUGCUUCCGACAUUUUCAUCGGGUAAAAUGAGAAUGAUGGAGCCAUUAUUUAAAGCAAAAUAUCAGCAGUUACUGGAGAAUCUGAACGGACAAGUUAAAACUGGAAAACCCAUCGAGUUCAAAGAAGUGUUUGGUGCCUAUACGAUGGAUGUUAUAGCCUCCACUGGAUUUGGUGUUGACAUAGAUUCCCAGCAGAAUCCAGAGAGCGAAUUUGUCAAGAAUGCGAAAACAUUCUUCAAUAUCACAUUCAGUCCAAUUUUAUUAUUGAUUUUGAUGUUUCCGAAAUUGGAUGCCGUCCUGGACUGGUUCGGAAAAUCUCCAUUGAAUCGAGUUGGACCCAUGUCCUUUUUCAGGAAUGUUGCCAAGCAAGCCAUUGGGUUUAGGAAAGGCGAAGAACAGAAACGUAAAGACCUCCUGCAGAUGAUGUUGAAUGCCCACCAUGACAACGACGUUAACGAUGAUGAAGCAGAGCAAACCUACAAGGGUGAUGCGGACAAAUGGAGGAAAAGAGGAUUAUCCAUGGACGAGGUUCUGGGGAAUGCCAUUCUGUUUAUGCUGGUGGGCUACGAUACCACGUCAAAUGCUCUCACUUUCGCUUCAUAUCUUCUGGCGACUAAUCCGGAAUGUCAGGAAAAACUCAUCGAAGAAAUUGACACCGUGCUUGGCAAGGAAUGUCCAAACUAUGACAAUGUACAGAAACUCGAGUACCUGGACCGAGUAUUUUGUGAGUCAUUGAGACUCUAUCCAUCUGCAGCUAGGACAAACAGACUGGCAGAGUCCGACAUUGAUAUUGAAGGUUACACAAUCCCCAAAGGAACCGAUAUCUCAUUCCCGAUCUACAGCAUUCACAGAGAUCCUAAGUACUGGGAAAACCCCACUAAAUUCGACCCAGAUAGGUUUUCCCCUGAGAACAAGGAAAAGAGACACCCGUAUGCUUAUCUUCCAUUUGGACACGGACCUCGCAGCUGCAUAGGUAUGCGCCUCGCACAGGUGGAGAUGAAGUUCGCCAUGUCCUACAUUCUGCAGCACUACAGAUUCAAGACAUGUGAAGAAACGGAGAUCCCUCUCACUAUCUCUAAAGCCGGACUAAUAAAGCCAGAAAAUGGAGUUAAGCUUCUGAUGGAACCGAGAUCUUAAAUGACAGGAACUUGUACUGUACAGUCAUUAGUGGAGUGACGUCUCUGAUUUCGUGAUAUAAACAUGCCCAUGAAGAAUUGACAACGAAGCAGGAUUUUUUUUUACCUUUUCCCUCUAUCAAAAAAUCAAAAAAGACCUCACAGACAUCGUACCACGAAAUUUUAACUCUACCAAAAAUAUAACAUGUGAUUCUGCAGUACUUCCUAUUGUAAAUAAGAUACUUUAUGACGAUGUAGAAAUUUCAGAAAUGACGCAACACAUAAUUAGCAGUAGAACUUUUGUAGCUUUCAUAAGCACCUUGUUUUGUCAUGUAUUGCACAAUUCUAAAUUACUUAUACAUGUAAAAAUAACCUUAAGUACAUCGAUUCAUCUGAACAGGGCCUGAUUAUUUAAUAGGCUGGCAUAGUCGGGCACUGAAUCUUAGAUAAGGGCUGAAAACGAGUGGCGAUGAACCAAAUGUGAUUUAUUAGCUCUGCUAAGAAAAGUGUAACUAUACAUAGUAUUAUUAGUCUGGCAAUUUCUUGACUGAAUUAGGAAAUGUCUUGUUUUGCAUAGUGCAGGUUUUUUAUCAUAUGCUUCCUACCAUCUUAUUAACCUUUUUGACAAGUAAAUUGAAGUUCAUAGGUGGAAUUGUGUUUCUCGAUCUUGAACUGUUGCCAGGAAUGGUUGAAGAAGUUCAAGUUUCCUUCAUAGUUGUUGAUUAAAGUGAUAUACGACAAUCGACAGAAGCAAAGCUGGAUGUAAGAUAAUCGACAGAAGAGGGGGCUGGGUGUAAGCUGAUCGACACACGAGGGGCCAGAUGCAAGAUGGUCGACAAAAGAGGGGCCAGAUGUAAAAUAAUUAACACACGAGGGGCCGGGUGUAUUAAAUAAUCGACACACAAGGGCCAGGUUAAAUCGAGUUGUUCAUUGUUCUGGUGCUUAGUCUAAAAAUUUUGUAAACCCAAACCACCACUUCAUGUAUUAUAUGAUGUUAAAUAUUUGUGUUUUCUAUGUUAAUCAGAUGAUUAGAUUAAAUAUUCAAUAAAAUGCAUGCAAACUCGAA